GGAAGACAACAUUUAAAGUGAGGAGCCCUCGUCGACUGCUCGAGUUGAAAUGAUCGUUAUCCCAUCUACUACAGGUAUCAAUAUUACUGCAUCAAGAUCCUUCCUCGGACUUUUAUCUCCUAAUUCGCAGCACGCACUAAACCUUUUUGACGAAACGGAAAGCACAAUGAAGUUCUCAGUCCUCCCCUCCACCGUCUUCCUCGCCUUCACAACUGGCGCCCUUGCAGCUCCCCAACCCAUCCUCAUCAACGCCAGGCAAAACUCCCAGCCACCACUCACAAACCCCAACCCCAACGCCUCUCUCCAACCUUUUCUCUCCUCCACCUCCUGCUCCGGCCCCCCUUCCCAGGUCCUGAUUCCCGUCUCCUACGCCACGUUGUCCCCGGAUACCACUCUCUCCCAAGGAUGUUACGAGUUUGUCGACAAUGGCGUGUCGACGCCCGUCCAGUCGGUCAGGAUCACGGGUGUCUGGCCGGAGACGAAUAAGUGCUUGCUGAGGUUCUAUGAGGAGGCGGGUUGCCCUGCUGAGAGCGCGUUUGGGACGGUGGCGCCGAAUACUUGUGGGAGCUUUGUUGGGGGGAGGGGUAUUGGCAGUUAUCAAGUUGUUUGUCAGAGCACUUAGAGGUCUGGUAGUGGUGGUGGUGGUGGUGGUGUUACAUGUAAGGUUCUUGUGGAAUGUGUUCAAAGUCGUGUUUCCUCUGUCUCAUAGAGAAACCAGUUCACCAUCCCCGUGAUAAAAUCCUCCCAG